AUGGAGGAUUCGAAACACGCAGAAGACAAGCCGUGGCUGGCCAUUCCCCGCCAUAACCGAGAGAACGGAUGUUCCAUGAGAUUUCAAAGCGUUACGAGCAACAACGUUUACGACUAUGAACUUGCUGCAUGCACUAGUGGAAAAACCAUAUGCGGAUCCUCAUCUGGUUUUCUCAUCAUGGUCGAUGAAACUUCUCAGAUUUCCAUGAUCGACCCUCUCACCAAAGCUCGUCGAUUUACACUACCAACAAUCCUACCUUCAUUGCCUCCUAAACCUUCCACCGACAUUGAACCUAGCGAGAGACGCUUGACCCACAAAUACCCCGUUCAUAAAGCUGUACUCUCCUCCCCUCCUGAUCGCAAUCCAUACGAUUACAUCCUCGUGGUUAUACAUGGAGAGGAACGGGAACUGGCUUACUACAGUGCAUUGACCCAAACUUGGAUCGAAAUUCAAGAAGCUGGACGUUAUUACGAUGAUAUUAUCUUUCGCUUGGGGUUUUACGCUGUGGACGAGUACGGAAAGGUUAUCCUUUGUGAGCCUGGUUUGCCUCCAACCGUUGACGAAAUUGCAAUGCCAUGGCUUCUUCGAGCAAGCAAGGUCUAUCUUGUGGUCAUGGGGAUGCAUUAUGUGUAG